GCGAUGGCGGCAGGCAUAAGUGCUUAUCCGUCCAGCACGGGUUGUAUUUGAGCAGGUCAGCGAAGUGCACGCUGCGCAUAUAACUUCCCCAGCUCAAAGUCGGAAAUGCUCGCGGCACGGCGAGUUGGCGCGUCGCGGUCGGCACGCCGCAUCUCAGGCACAGGCCCACGCGUCGUGCGCUUGGGCAUCACGCAGUAUAGCACUGCGGCAGUCGAGCUGCCCGUGUCUAACAAGACGAAGGUGUGGGACUCGGUCGACGAAGCGAUUAACGACGUGAAGUCCGGAGAUGUGCUCUUGAGCGGAGGUUUUGGCUUGUGCGGAACGCCAGACACUUUGAUAGGCGCGUUAGCGAAGAGAAAGGACGUUACAAAGUUGACUGCUGUGUCCAACAAUGCCGGGUCCGGAGAGCUCGGCCUGGGAAAGCUCCUGCACACCGGACAGAUUGACAAGAUGAUGGCGUCAUACCUCGGAAACAACAAGCACUUUGAGUCCCUCUAUCUAAAUGGGAAGAUCUCGCUCGAGCUCAUCCCACAAGGCUCGCUUGUCGGCCGUCUGAACGCGCAUGCAGCAGGCAUACCGAUGUUUUACACGCCCACCGGGGCCUCCACCGCGGUGGAGGAGGGUUCGAUCCCAAUCCGAUAUAAGGAAGGCGGGAUGUGCGCCGGCAUAGCGAUUCCAGGCAACAAGAAGGAGGCGCGCGUUAUCGAUGGAAGGCGAUUCAUUCUCGAGCCGGCAAUCGCUGGUGAUGUCGCCUUUAUCAGGGCAUGGAAGGUGGAUGAAGUGGGGAAUUCUGUGUUCAGGUAUACCGCGAACAACUUCUCUGCGACGAUGGCAAAGAAUGCGAAGCUGACGAUUGUCGAGGCUGAGAACAUCGUACCUGUCGGUUCGAUCUCUCCAAACGCCGUUCAUGUCCCAAGCGUCUACGUUGAUCGAAUCGUGCAAGCGACUGCCCCGAAGCAGAUCGAGAUCAUGACGUUGGCGUCGGGUGACAAGUCAGAAGACACGAAGCCUCUCAGUCCCGAGAAAACGAUUGCCCAGGAACAGCGAAACCGGAUGGCCAGACGUGCCGCAAAGGAGAUCAAAGACGGGUUCCACGUCAACUUGGGGAUAGGGAUACCAACGCUGGUUCCUGAGUUCCUUGCACCAGGCGUGCGAGUAUGGUUGCAAAGCGAGAAUGGCAUCCUUGGCAUGGGACCCUACCCGACCAAAGAGCAGCUGGAUGCUGAUAUUAUCAACGCCGGCAAGGAGACUGUGACGCUGCUCCCUGGGGCGUCCGUGUUUGACUCCAACGAGUCUUUCUCAAUGAUCCGGGGCGGACACAUCGACUUGGCUAUUCUCGGCGCGAUGCAAGUCUCGCAAGCAGGUGACAUUGCCAACUUUAUGAUCCCCGGGAAGAUGGUGAAGGGUAUCGGAGGGGCGAUGGACCUGGUGUCAAACCCGGAUAAGACGAAGGUUAUUGCGGUGAUGGAACACUGCGCGAGAGACGGCAGCCCGAAGAUCCUGAAGGAGUGCGCGUUGCCGCUGACCGGCGCGAGAGCCGUGAGCCAGAUUAUCACGGAGCUGGCGGUGUUCGACGUGGACCGCCAGGCUGGCGAGCUGCGGCUGGCUGAGCUGGCGGAAGGAGUGAGCUUGGAUGAGGUCAGGGCGAAGACGGGCUGUGGCUUCGGAGCGAUGUAGUAUUAUAUCGUGCGCACUGUUCCCCGCGGUGCUGUAAUUAUACCCCGUGGGGAGGCGACAUCCGGAACGCAUGGGAGAUCGGCAUCGGCGGCGGGAAGGCAGCGGCGGUCGGCCAUGCCUAAUUAGGCG